AUGGAUACUUCUAAGAAGGCAUUAAUUGCAUGGGAACAGGUGUGCAGGCCUAGGACAACAAGAGGACUCAAUAUAUUGGAUGCACAAACAUGGAAUAAGGCUGCAAUAAGCAAAUUGUUGUGGAAUUUGUGUGUUAAGAAAUAUAGAUUAUGGGUGAAAUGGGUACAUCAAUACUAUGGGAAACAAGGGACCUUAUGGGGUGUAGAAGCACCUCAAGCUUCUUGGAUGGUGAGGAAAAUAUUACAAAUGCAUCAAGAACUUGAAACUAUUGGAUGGAAUGAGAUGUAUAUCAAGCAGAUGGACAGGUUCUCUAUCAAAAAAUUGUACAAAGCUCUGAUGGGAGAGUAUCAGAAGGUUGAAUGGAGAAGACUAAUCUGCAAUAAUGUUGCAUGCCCAAAGUGGAAUUUUAUACUGUACUUAGCACUGGAAAAAAGGCUACUCACAAGGGAUAGACUGGCUGCAUGGGGGGUGUGGCAAAAGAUUUUGCACUGGUUAAAUAUUCAGAGAGAGGCUCGAAGAUGGGAUGAGGAAGUGUUGUGGGCAAAUACUCACUGCAAAGAAAAACAAGCAAGAGCUAAGGUGUAUAGGAUGGCAGUGGCUGCAAGUGUUUAUGUUGUGUGGCAGGAGAGGAAUCAAUGUAUCUUCAAGCAAAUAAUCAGAACUCCUGGAAUGUUGGUGAGGAAGAUUGUUCAAGAGGUGCAUCUACGAGGAAGAAAAUGGGCAAGACUUGAUCAGGUGCUCCAAUCCCUGAAUGCAUAUCCUGUUUAG